AUGGACAGUGUUGUUGGUGAUGCUGACAUAUAUGCAUCACAGUCAAAUCCAAAGCCAGAUUACAAUGAUUAUGACUUGCAAUCUUCAACGUGUGGUCAGGAUGUCAUAACAAUACCAAAGGAUUUCAGCCGACCUGUUGGUGUUGGUAUUUUUGGCCAUGUUUAUCACCCACUUUCAAAAUACGAGAUAAUGGUAGUUUCAGAUUAUGAUGCAAGUGUUCCUGACGCUGAAAGACGUUCUUAUGCAGGUUUCUUUCAAGGUGAUGACGGUUCAAAUGAAUCAACCCUUUGGGUGGUCUUUGUCAAUAUAUUAAAAAUUAUUCUUGAGAUUUUGACUUGA